CAGAGAGCCGAGCUAAAGAAUGUGUUUCUGUACUUGACUGAGAAUUUGACUCAACAGCCAGCACUACCUAUACAGCUGAGGAACACAGCAGGAGCUCUGGUGCACUUAGAAAAAAGAAAUCUUUUGCAUUUUUUUUUUCUUGCAAUUUUAAAGAAAGACUUUCCUUUUUUUUUUGUAGAAAUAUUUGCCUAUUAAAAAAAUAAAGACAUAAUCUUUGCAGCUCUUUUCUUUUCCUAAAGAUAUUCCUGCAUUCAUUUAAAAAAAAAACUGUAUUUUGAGGCAUCUAUCCUAUGAUUUCUUGUCGACUUUCAUUUUGAAAGCAUAUAAAGGACCAAGAAGUCUUGCACCUGCUUCUGGAGGGAGGGGGAGGGGAACGAGAACUGGUCCGUAUUCUUCAAUCAUGCCCUCUCGCCGUGGCAUCUCAGUGGCAGUCCUUGUGGCGCUAUGGGGUCUGUGCCUGAGUGAAGAAGCCAUCCGCUGCCCGCCCUGUUCUGAGGAGAAGCUAGCCCGCUGCAAGGCGCCAGUUGGGUGCGAGGAGACUGUGAGAGAGCCAGGCUGUGGGUGCUGCCCCACUUGUGCCCUGGCCAAGGGCAACUACUGUGGGGUGUACACUCCCCGCUGCGGCUCCGGGAUGCGCUGCUUCCCACCCCCGGGGGUGGAGAAGCCCUUGCAGUCCCUGAUGCUUGGCCAGGGAAUCUGCAUGGCGGAAACGGAGCUCACACAGUUACAGGCCACAGAAAAAGAAGAAUUGUGGAACCUGGACCAUCCCAACAACAGCCACAUUUCCUGCAGCCCGCAGGAUAAAAAGUGUCUCCUGAGACACCAAGCCAAGAUCCGAGAACAAGGGAUAAAAAACGGGAAGAUGAAAAACAAUGGGAAUCGAGAAGAGAACAAGCCUCUGGUCCUGCCGCCAUGCCAAUCGGAGAUGCAGAGAGCUCUCGACAGACUGGCAACCCAAACAAGAACCCACGAGGACUUCUACACCAUCCCCCUCCCCAACUGCGACAAGAACGGAAACUUCCACCCCAAGCAGUGCCUCCCUGCUCUGGAUGGCCAACGGGGGAAGUGCUGGUGUGUUGACCAGAAGACUGGCAUUCGGCUGGUGGGGACCCCGGAGGUCAAAGGUGACCUGGACUGCCACCAGUUUAUAGAAUCGAUCAGGGAGUGAGUGUCGACUGGCACAGGGGCUGCUGCUGUGACCCUGGUGGACUCACCCAUGCUGAAACCUACUGGUGCUGUUUUGUAUGAUGACAGAAGGGACAAUACCACAUAACCUCAUGAAACUUACGGUCAAAGGUACUAGGAUGUGCAAAGGAAACAAGUUAAACAAACUGACAGAAAAAAAGUAAUCUUAAUUUCAAUUAAUGUUAAAUCUGAAAAAAAAACAAAACAAUAAACAAAUAAAAAUGGCUUGACUGACAGGCACAUUAAUGGUAAUUAAUCAUUAUAUUCUCAAAGGUUCUGCUAAAGAUUGAGUUCAAACUAAAGAAAACAACGCAUGUCAGGGUUUUUUUUUUUUUUUUUUUUACUUUCUGAUUCAAAGCGAUGAUUGGGUUUGGAGCAUUUUGACUUUGAUACCAAGGCCAGUGGUCUUAAAUUCUGUUGAUUUGACUGUUGUUUAAGAAGCAGUCAGCAGUUUUCUAUUUUUAAUUUGAUGACCGAUAACACAAAAAAGGGUCUUCUUUUACAACAUCAUAAAUUAAAGAUCAAAACGUAUACGCCUUGUUGAACUGCUAAGUUUUUUUGCACAUCCUUUCCAAUAUUUAAGCUACAAAAAAACCACCAAAAAUGUAAUUGGUUAUUUCCUAAGAAAAGGAUACACUAGCACAGCUGCAACAACAUGCCAAUAAACUGUUCUGAAAGAACUGCAUGUUUAAUUGUCAAUGAUCACUGAUCAAUGAUAGUGCGGUGGACUAAGAACUCUGGUCUCUAAAAGAUUGCAUGCAAACAUGUGAAUCAACUCAUUCCAGCCAUGACUUAGCAAUCCAAAAGCAUGUUUCGCUAAAACUACUUUGUGCCGAGAUGAAUCACUGCACAGCAUGUACAGCACUGCUCUGCACGCCUCCUGCUUCAGCCUCCUAGUUAGACAAUGCCAGCAUCUCUGCCCUGAGAACAAUGGUUCUAAUUAUCAAAAGUUUUUGUUCCCUGCCAUUGAGGUUUCUCCCAUAUUCACAAUAAACUGCACAGAUGAACAUGUGGGAGGCCAAGGUUUUAACUGUUCCAGCAGCCCAUUUCCAAGGUGAUUAACCCAUGAAGACCAGUUCUCUAAAAAAACUUGGUUUCUUUCUUAGUACCUGUCAGGGAAAUCAAUAGCUGUAAUACUAGCGUUGAUGUUUUGUUCAGAUUACAAACAGACAGUACAUAGCUGUGUUGAUUGGUAAAUGAACAGUAGCUGAUCAAUGCCAGGGUUAUAUUCUGUUCAGGAGCUUCGUUCUAUGGGUCAAACAUUUAGCCAAUGGGGUUUGUGGCAUAGAGGCUGAGAGCAACGUUAGUUCUCUUCGUCAGUAGAGGCUGAUCCAAAUGGAAUUUCUGACAAUGCAAAGCUGUUUUUUUUUCUCCUAGUACCCUGCGUCUGAUUAAAUGCAAAUGAAAAAGGAAUCUGUAGCUCCUGGGAAUCAGUAUGCAUCAGUCUAGAUUCUGAUGCUAUACUAACACGUACAUCAGCAUAAGCCCCAAACUUGCCUCUCAACUGUAGAGCUUGCUCUUUAGUUGAAUGGUAAGGUGUUUGGCUUUGAGCAGUAUGGUUCGCAACCACUUCUUGCCUUUCAGUUCAAUUGGCUGAGAUGCCAAUCAGUUACAAGUAGCACAUUUUAACAAAGACUUUUCACCAAACACGUCUGCAACUAAUUUUUUUUUUCAAUAAAACUGAUGGUAUUGUCAGCAGGGUUAGGGGUCAGUUCCUGUUUUUCAGUGUUCCAGUUCCUUUUUAAAAUCAAUUCGCUAUUCCCAUUCCCUUGUAAUCAAUACCAGCGUGUCAUUGAUCAAAAUUGCAAUUAGCAGCGUUUUGUUGAAGCAAACAGGGGCAGCAAAUGACUUACAUUGAAGUCACUGCUUUGUCAGUCAACUAAAUGGCUUCAAAUGAAAGCAGGUGAACAAUCAAAACAAUGAUUCCUUCGAAGCAGCUGGAAUUGGGAAUUGAUUUUGAAAAGGAAUUGAGAAACAGGAAUUGAUCCCAGCCCCGGUUGUCAGGAUGGAAGGUGUUAUGUGUAUAUUGGAAGAAUACUUUCUGUGAUUUACAUGCACCACAUUACUGUGCCACCUUACGCUGGGCAUGCCUGCAUAGUAAACCUUUUGUGUGUACUGCAACCUUUUAGUAAAGGUGAUGUGGAAUGUAGAAAAAUAAAUGUGAAAAAAUAAACACAUUCUUUUUAAUGAU